UAACCAUCAAGCUCCACCCCAACGCUUGGUAUCGGCCUCUUCAACACACUGCACAUUCGAAGAUAAAGAUCACGCUGUUUGGAGCUUGCAAUCUCGCGUGGAAACAGCUUCUCUCUGAAUAUUGCUUUUCGUGAUGCUUGACUUUUAGAACAGGCCGCUCUCAUCGGUUGAUCACAGGAACGUAUUGCAGAACAAGACUGCAGUGGCGAUCCUGUACACUUGUUGUAGACAUCGUCAGUGACGACAUGUUGGCACUAAGAAACAUUGCCAGGCUGGCCAGCAGGGGUCUGUUUCCCAACAACAUCUGUGCAGCCAGUGUCAGGCAUGUCUCUGCUGCUACCAAGCAACGCUCAGGGAAUGACAGAUUUGAGAGGAACCCUGUACCAUUCCGAGUGGCCAACAAAAUCUUGACGUUUAUGAAGAAACAGUCAAUACUGGCAGAUAUAAACACUUCAUUGACUGGGGCAUCCAUGAAUGCAGUGGAUGAAAAGGAUUGGAAAAGUGAAAUUAACAAUUUGAGUAAAACUUUGGCUGCUGGACAUGAUGUAGAGAAGGGAUUUAGUACACGCAUCAAUGACAUCGGACUCGACAAGUCGUUACAAGUUGCAGAUGUAUAUGUUUCUCAUAACUACAUGGAAGUAAUGUUCCUGCCUCGACUGUUUGAUUAUGCUCUGCAUGCAGAUUUCAGUGCUUACUCCCCCAAAACUGUCGUCCAUUUGAUGUAUUUUGUGUAUUUCCACGGUAGGGCACCGUCAAUGCUUUUUAAAAAGGUCGAAGAUUAUUUGUCAACUAACCUGGAAAUGUUACACGUCAAUGAUAUAGGAUUAAUUUGUCUUGGAUUUUUUCGAGGCAAUGUGCGAAUAUUAUCUUAUGAGCUUCUAGAUCGAAUCAGUCAAAGACUUGUCGAUGAACUUGAACUUGUGGAGAAAAAUAUGUUGAUAAAUAUAACCAAAGUAUUGUCCCAUUCAAGCUUUUUCAAAUUCAGUUUCUUUCAAAACUUUGCAGACAAAAUAGUGACUUUGUCCUUCAUUCAAACAACAAUUAAUCCUUCAGUUUUGAUGCAUAUUGCAGCAUUUUAUGCAUCAGCCUCCGUAUACCACAAACCGUUGACCCAGUCCUUACUGUCAGCCUUUGUUGGACUUUGUACACACAGCAACUUGAAAGUGAAGCCACGAUCUAAAGAUAUUGCUCAGUUUGUGAAGGCGAUGGGGAUGUUGCACCAUGAACCAGUCAGUGGGAAGACGUCCUAUAUGAAACUAGUGGAAGCUUACAAACGUUUUGAACAAGAACGAACACACCCUGAAUCUCUGGCGGACAUGCUGCAUGGCUUGGCCUACCUUGGAAUAUUCCCCACGGAUAUGCUGGAUAUGCUGUUUCACCCAAAAAAAGUCAACCUCUUAAAAGCUCCCAGACGUUCAAAAGAACUGCAACUUCGUCUUCUGAGCAACAAUGUUCUGAUUGAAUGUCCUGAAUAUACCGGGCUGCAGCAAGCUUGGAAUGUGGCUCAGGAGUUCAACAGCCGAGAGUGGAGAAGCUUCCAACAGGAGAUCCACAUUCGCAGAGGCUUCAAAGAAAUCCACAAGUCACUUGCCAACAUGUUAGGUGCUGACCGAGUCAAGGCGGACUACAUUCUACCUCACUACAGAAGUGCAAAUAUUGAACUAAGGCUUGAUGCCUCGAACCAUCCCAUAAAGACGGAGGACUAUGUCAGUCAAGACCCCUGGAAUGUGCAACCCCUGGACAGCAAGCAUGGCAGCAAGCCCACGGACACACAGCGCAAGAUCGCCAUAGAGCUUGGAAGCAUUCGUCAGUUCCUCACAACAGACAGCCUGUCUCUGGAUGCUGCAAGUCUGAAGGGUCUGCCAGUCACCAGCAGUCACCAGGCGUACCAUGUCAAACUGAAUGGGCACAACCAGACCAAAAUGAGAAAUCUGAACCGCCUCGGAUACAAAGUAAUCUUGCUCCACCCUCAUGAGGUGGAUGAGCUGUCUGACAUGAAGGAAGAUGAGCGCCGGAGGGUUCUGUGUGACCGGCUCCACAAGGAAGCCGAGAUGGACGUUCAGGUGUGUCAGAUGGAGUCCUGACUCUUGGAAUAGACUUCAAGGGUGGACAUUCAGGUGUGCAAGGCAGAGUGGAACAGCAUUCCCAUGAAGAUCCCCGGGGUAGAAUAGGUCUUCAGCAACCCAUGCCUGCCAUAAAAGGCAACUAUGCUUGUCGUAAGAAGCGACUAACGGGAUCGGGUGGUCAGGCUCACUGACUUGGUUGAUGCAUGUCAUCGUAUCCUAAUUGCUGGAUUGUCUGGUCCAGACCUGAAUAUUUACAGACCGCCGUCAUAUAGCUGGAAUACUGCUGAGUGUGGCAUUAAACAAACAAACAAACAAACAAACCCUUGGAACAGCCCACAUCAAGUUUCAAGGGUGGACAUUCAGGUGUGCAAGGCAAACUUCAGUUUCGAGAUAUCAUGUCUGUGUGCGUAAUUUAUUCAUUCAAGACAUGGAGGAUAUUAUUUGUGUUGAGUGAAAAUAUCUCCUUUCCCCCACCACGAGUUGAGAGAAAAAUGAUAUUUCACGAGAAACAGUGAAUAUCCUAUAAACAGUUUAUAGCGAGAAGCAACAUUAACUCCAUAAAUGACCACCUGUACUUAUUUGUCCUUGUCAAUGUGAAACUAAGGUGAAAUGGAAGUCAACAGUUUAUGUAAGGGCUAGACAUUUACAAUUAAGGGAGACAAUUUGCAGGGAGGUAACUCUUGUGUGUCAAUAGUACUGUCCAAGUGUUAUAUUCAAUGAAAAUACCACAUUUUCUCAACUUCAGGAAACUCAGUCUUUCACACUGAAAUAUGUAACAAAUCAUGUGAUAAGAGAUAGAGAUAAAAAACAUGUAAGCAGCUGGUAACGAAUACUUCUUCAAAGUACAUAACUAUGACUGAGCACCAUUUUACACGUCAUGUGAUGCCAUACCUUUAUCAGAACUGGAAUUCACAAAUGGAAGAGUCGCUGAAUGAAAUUCACCAACACCAGAGUCUUUGACAGAGUGUCAGCUGUGUGAACCUCGCACAGAUCUUAAAAAAAAUAAAAAAAUGUUACAUUCCUUGAAGCGAUUCAGUCAACCUUUACAUAAUCCUUGUCUUUUCUAACUAUCGUCAUUUUGUUAAACCCACGCCCAUCAAUUACUGACUGUGAAAACAUUGUUGCUACAACUCAUAAGGCCAGAAUAUAUUGUGAUCAUUGUUAUAACCGACCAUUACUGCUUGACCACAGGUUACCUAGUCAUGCAAGCCAAUAUUUGAUAUUAGUGUGCUUUCAGUAAAUAUUGUUGGUACAAUGAAUCGAUGAGCUGAGAAAUGUGCUUGUGAAUCAUUUAAAAUAUUUCAAUUAAAGUUUAAAAUAUAAAUGAUAAUUGUACUAUAUUUUUGUGCCUGGGGACCAAAUCCUAGGUUCGUGAUAUUGGGUGAAAGUAAUGCUGAAGUUUGAGAUGUGCAUUAUAUGUACAAGUUUAGUCAGUCAAUGAUACUUAUACAAGAAGACGUUUUUGACCAAAGGUUUGCCUCGAGAUGGGAAUGGCAUUCGAGAUUGAGGGAGUCUACUCUACAUUAAUUUGUGACUAAUUUCACCAGCUCUUUUAUUAUUGGGGGCGGUCGGGUAGCCUAGUGGUUAAAGCGUUCGCUCGUCACGCCGAAGACCCGGGUUCAAUUCUCGACAUGGGUACAAUGUGUG